GAACUGUAGGUGCUUGUGCCCUACUCUGCUUCUGCCUUACUCUGCUUCUUCGUCUGAUCUAGUCUCUAGUGGUGAGUAGGAGAGCCCGACCACUGUCGCCGCUCGCGUUGCUCCCGUGCGAGCGACACGGGCGGAACCCAGAAACCUAGCGCCCCCACCGCGAGAUCCACCCCUCCUCUCCCGCCGCCGCCGGAGGAAGCUGCAGGGCGAAGCCGCUGCAGCCGACGGCGGCGGCGGGGGCCUUGCUCGCGUCGUGGGAUGGCCCUGGUCACGGUCGUGCCUCCCUCGGUGACCGCGGCGGCGGAUUUGGCAAGGGCGCUCGGAUUCGACUCGUCCGGCUCCGGUGGCCUGCCUCAUCGUCGACAUGAAGGUGCCGUUGCUCGAGCGCGGCCCAUGGUCUGCUAGGUGGUGGAGGGGCGCUCGGGGGUGGCGCUGGCGCCCAGAUCCACCUCGUCCUUCUCAGGUGCGUCGGGGGCUGGCCUGCUCCUUUCCUUCGGCGCUGUCUCGAUCCGGCCUGCCUCUGUGCGCCGCUGCAUCUUGCGGCGGCCCUCGGCUUCUCCGGCGAGUGACUGUUCCAGCUCGGGGAGGCGCGACCCUGGCUGUUCCUGUGCUCGAUGGGGCAGACUAAUUUCUGCCCAGAUCCGGUGCGCGCCGAUGUGGUCUCGCAAGAUCCGGGCAGCACACGCCCUGAAGAUGCCGUCAUGGUUUGUUGGUUGCUCACGCUCCGGAUGCAAAAUUCUGGGUCGACUUGGUCGACGCCGGUGGCAACGGCGGCUGUGGCUGUCGUUUUCCUCGCGGAGGGGCCGCCGUGGAGCUGUUUUUCAGCCGCAAACCUCCUGUUUCGUUGUUUUCCGGGUGAAAACCUAUGGUCGGGCUUGCCGGAUCGGGUGGCGGUGGUGUCUCUGGCAUCAUUCCCUUCUUGGAGGCGCCAUCUUGGAGACACGAACUUCGGCUAGUGUUGGUGUGUGUGGAUGAAGGAGGUGCGGCUGGUGGUCUGUUUGUGCGGCCGACUGGGGUCGACGGUGGUGUGUGAUGUGGUGGUGGAGUGGUGGUGGUGCGGCCGGCUUGCGCUGGUGUGCACGGUGAAGCGAUCCGGGUGUAGACUCGGCUCCUUGAUGCCCUUCGGCUUCGCCGGCGGUGCCGCUGUUGUGUUGUAGCCUCGGCUGCGUGUGACUCUUCGUCCGGGUGUGGACUCGGUCGCUCAUUGCCCUUCGGCUGCACCAAUAGCCUUGAGGCACCAUGGAUGGUCUCGGUUGAUUGGAGCUCUUCGUCUACGGUGGUGGUGUUCUCGUGCAGCUCAGGUGCUACCGGAAGUGAUCGAAGGCCUUCAGUAUGGGCAAUCUGUGCUGCUGUGUUCAAGUUGACCAGUCUACCGUGGCCAUCAGGGAGCAGUUUGGGAAGUUUGACAGUGUGCUUGAGCCAGGAUGCCACUGCCUGCCUUGGAUCUUUGGGAAGCGUGUAGUUGGCCAUCUCACACUGAGGUUGCAGCAGCUGGAUGUGCGGUGUGAAACUAAGACAAAGGACAAUGUGUUUGUCACUGUUGUUGCAUCGAUUCAGUACCGACCUCUGGCUGGCAAAGAAAGUGAUGCAUACUACAAACUAACCAACACAAGAUCCCAGAUUCAAGCCUAUGUCUUUGAUGUGAUCAGGGCAAGUGUUCCAAAGCUCAACCUGGAUGAUGCUUUCGUGCAGAAGAACGAUAUAGCAAUGGCUGUGGAGGAUGAACUUGAAAAGGCUAUGUCGGCAUAUGGCUUUGAGAUCGUGCAGACCCUCAUUGUCGACAUCGAGCCAGAUGCGCAUGUCAAGCAGGCGAUGAAUGAGAUCAAUGCAGCUGCAAGGAUGAGGGUGGCUGCAAACGAGAAGGCGGAGGCUGAGAAGAUUGUCCAGAUCAAGCGUGCCGAGGGUGAAGCAGAGGCCAAGUACCUGUCUGGCCUCGGUAUCGCCCGCCAGCGCCAGGCCAUUGUGGAUGGCCUGAGGGACAGCGUCCUGGGCUUCUCAGUCAAUGUGCCUGGCACCACUGCAAAGGACGUGAUGGACAUGGUGCUGAUCACCCAGUACUUUGAUACUAUGAAAGAGGUCGGCGCGUCCUCCAAGUCCUCGGCGGUGUUCAUCCCCCAUGGCCCUGGUGCGGUGCGUGACAUCGCCACGCAGAUCCGCGACGGUCUUCUUCAGGGCCAGUCUGCCUCUGACAACUAAGCAGUUUGCUUCGCCGGCAUGAACUUUGAAGCUGGUGGUGGUUUGUGGUUUGCUAGCUAUUGCCUACAGUACUGUCUAAUAUGAUGCGUGCCGUAUGAUUAUGACUUAUAUGGAACCAUAUGUGGAUCUUGGCUUAGGUCGAUGUGCGGUAACAAAACCUUUAACCUAUUGGGAAUGCAGGACGAUAUAAGUGUGUUAUGAAAUGCUGGUGAUGAACUUGAUCUAAUGCUUUUGCCUGCCUUUUAGUGCUGUCAGUUUCAUGUAAAAUGCUGGUUUAAGGUUACAUAUUUCUCAUGGGUGAUUUCUUCUGA